CAAAUGUGACGCUUCGAAUUAUUUGCAGCGCUGCAAACGAUUGUUAACCUUUGCAGCAAUGUGACAGAGUUCCUAACCUGAAGAUCUUCUCACUUUAACACUUAAUAAUUCGCUUCGCAGGAUCGAGUGAUGCGUUUUUCCGCCAAAUUCUUUCGUUUCGUAUAAAAUCGCAUCGAACGAGCUCAGUUUCAUCAAAAUUGAAGCUAAUAAAAGUUUUUUGAUUAAUCACAGAAUUAUCACAGUUUUUUAAAUGUUUAAAUUUUCAAUGACAACAUGGCUCGAGUAUUGAACUUUCUAAAGACAAUACGAAAUAAUUGGAAGAAAUCUUUGGUGGCAGCGGCAGCUUUCUCCUAUGGAAUUUCAUAUGGCAAAGAAGCAUAUGACGUAGAACAAUUAAUGUACCAAUAUUGCAAAGAUGUAGUUAAGUAUGGAGAUGCUCCUUGUCCUACACAUGUCAAGCCUCGUCAUGUAACUGUUAUUUUGAAUCCAGCAGCUAAAAAAAGGAAAGCUAAGAAACUAUUUGAGAAAUAUUGUGAGCCUUUGUUGCACUUAGCUGGUAUUUCUGUUACUAUCAUUGAUACACAAUCAGGAAGUCAUGCGCGUAGUAUAAUAACAAAUCUAGAAACACCUACGGAUGCUAUUAUUGUAGCAGGAGGAGAUGGUACCUUGUCUGAUGUUAUAACUGGUUUAAUAAGAAAGUAUGAAUGCAAUCUCCAUUCUGUCAGGCAAUGUCCUAUUGGAAUUUUGCCACUGGGAAACACAAAUACAAUUGCAAGUAAAUUUUAUGGAAGAUAUCAAAAUUUGGCUGAAGUACAUCAUAUGCUUGACGCAACAAUGGCAGUUAUUGAAAAUAAGUUGAAAUUAAUAGACACUAUGGAGAUCAAAGUAUUAGAAGAGAAUCCAGAGACAUCUGUAAAACCAGUUUAUGCUGCAGGAAAUAUAGAAUGGGGAGCUUGGAGUGAUACACAUGCACGUGUUGAUAAAUAUUGGUACUGGGGUUCUUUACGCAAAUAUGCAGCUUAUAUAUUCAGUGGCUACAAAUCAGAUUUAAAUUGGAAGUGUAAUGCAGUAAUGAAGUAUACUAAUCCUUGCAAAGGAUGUUCAAAUUGUUAUUCUAACGAAUUGUCUCAUAAUCAUUCUGCAAGUUUGAGUAGAAGAUGGUGGCAUGCAUUUUUACCUAAGAAAAAACCGUUUGGUUUAGAUAAUCACAUUGAUUAUAGCAAGAUAAUAAAUGAAAACUGCGCUACAUUUUAUGAGAUGCCUGUUUCAACAACAGAACUGUGUAUAAGUACAGAAAAUUCAAAGAAUUCAGUUGAAUCGGUGCCUUCGUUACAAAUAGCUCUAGGUCCAGAAAAUAUCAACUAUACGAAAUUUGUGGAAAAAGGUUGGAAACAAGAAAUGGAAGAUAAAUUACCAGUAAAUGUACUGUUAAAUGCGAAAGAUAUUCAAUUAUAUCCUGAAGCUACUGAUAAAAUAUUUUAUAUUGAUCGUGAAGAAUAUGAAUUGAAGCCAAUUCAAAUCAAAUUACUCCCACAAUCUGUAACAAUAUUUUGUCCGUCGAAUAUUUAAUCGAAUAUUUAAU